AUUGCGUAAUCCUGCGCUAUUUUCCGCUCUUGUCUCAUGUGAUGGACUGCUGCGGGAGACUGACCUGCUGCAAAAUGGUGACAAGGACUUGUUCAAGCCAUGGCAUAGUCGCUCUACCAGACACUUAGACCGGUCGGGAGAGCUCGGCGACGAUCGCUUACUGUACCCAUACCCUACACCGGCUCCGUCGACGCGCUUGCCGGCCGCCGCGAGCCGAAAAAGGUUGAUACAUAUAAAGGUCCAGCCAGACUACGUAGACCUUUGCUAAGCUGGAACGCGAGGGGACAAUCGGUCGCUCCAUUGAAUGGACCUCUAUAAAGACUGCGCCGAGAUAGCAUAAUAAGACAUCUAUCCCCCCUGAUUCGCCAUGGGCGCUUUUGACGGGCUCCGGCGUGGACAGGCCACUCAUGGAUAUUGGGGGAAACAUACAAGCUCCAUUGACUGGUGUGAGAUCAACUACGAGCAUACACCAUAUGUCGCCGAAUUCAUCAACACCAUCACCAACGUGCCUGUGAUCAGCGCAGGCAUCUAUGGCGCAAUUGCGACAGUCAGAGGAGGGGUAGCGAAACGUUAUUCUUUGCUGUACUUGGGCCUCAGCUUGAUUGGCAUCGGGAGUUUUGGGUUCCAUGCGAGCUUACGGUGGGAAUGGCAGUUACUAGAUGAGCUGCCGAUGAUUUACGUCGUGUCAUUUGCAACCUAUCUUGUGUGGGACACUCGACCGACCUUCGAUUUCUUGUUUGGUAUCUUUGGACCAUUACUGGUUAUCGCUUGGUGCCUGUUCGUCACCUUUUCUUACAUAUAUCUUCCCAAUCCCAUCUAUCACCAAGUCGCCUUUGCGUUCAUACUCCUUUCUGCGGUCACCCGUAACGCAGUACUUCUUCGGCGAAUUCCCUCAACACAUCCUAGUCGCAAGCUGAUCGGAAAAACCUUGUUGAAAGGUUCUCUUAUUUUCGCUAUCGGCUUUGGCAUCUGGAACUUGGACAACAUCUUUUGCAGUGAAUUCAGAAGCACUCGGGAUGCUCUGUAUCCUUACGCCAUAUGGCUAGACGGUCAUGGCAUCUGGCACCUCAUGACUGGCUAUGGCUCAUUGCUCAUCUUCGCAGCUGCGAUCUAUCUUUCCCUCGCCAUCAAGACUUCACCAGAUACGUAUGCUUUUGACGGGGAUGCCUGGUUUCCCAUUGUGAAAGCAAAGACACCGUCUGAACGGAGCUCGAAAGACUCCAAAAUCAAACUAGACCAGGCAAAAUCUCCAAUACCUAUCGACGAGAAGCAAGCAAUUGCUAAGUAACUGAUGGUGAAGUACGUCUCGCACGACUUCAUCACGCUUUGUAUCUUCUCUAUCGUGCCAUAUAUGUCUGAUUUAGAAGUCCAGCGAACGGACAUUCAUAGAGCUUCGUUUCACGCCAUAUGCAUCUACCCUCGGGU